AUGGGUGGUCUUAUUAGUACAGAGUACUCUCAGUGCUCACACGCAAGGCAUGCCAAGGAGUGCGAAUUGUCGGACGUGAACUCAUUGACGGAGCACCUGAAAGCAAUCCAGGAGCAGGGCUUAUGUCACCGGGAGGAUUAUGUGUUCGCGGAGGAUGGAAGCCAUGCAGGUGAACAUCGCCGCCUUGCUGGGGGCGGCGGCUAUCACAGCUACGAGGAAUGCCUUGAGAAGAGCUGCCAUUCGGAGAUCAACCAUGUGUGCCAGUUGACCCCUGAUGUGUUUACGCUCAUUGGCCAUGCGGGCGUAGCGCUCAUGAUCUUCGAGAGCGGCAUGCAUUUUGAUUUUCAGAAGGCCAAGGUGGUGGGUCUCAAGGCUUGCAUCGUGGCAGUUCUGGGCACCAUCCUCCCCUUGAUUGCAGGGACGCUCUUGACAAUGUCUUAUGGCAAGCCCUUCUUUCCACAAGGAGUUGCUGUGGGAACCGCGCUGGCACCAACCAGUGUAGGCAUUGCACUACGACUCCUUGGGGAGGCAGGAGUUCUCAAGGAGAACUUUGGACAGGCCAUCAUCACAGCUGCCUUCGUGGAUGACAUUCUCUCGCUGAUCUUAUUCAACGUCCUUUUUUCCCUGGGAGGAGAGUUUGAUCCUGUAGCAGUGGUGAUCAAACCUGCUGCUGGUGUUCUUCUGAUGUUUCUGGCGACGGCCUUGGCCAUACGUUGUUGGCCGCGGUUCAUCAAUGGCUGGUUGCUGCCCAAAUGCCCCGUCAAGGAAGGCGCAAAGGUCGCACGGACAGACGAAGUCUUGUUUUUUGUCAUGUUUGCGCUGCUGAUCGUCUACGCUGUAAUCACGCACUUCCUUGGCACUCACUUGUGGGGCUGCUUUGUGGCAGGCAUGUCCUUUGCCACUCUUGACCCACCGCACCAUGCUCAUCAUGUUUGGGUACGGCAGACCAAGCGCAUGACCUCUUGGAUGAUCCGGAUCUUCUUUGCAUGCACUGUGGCCUUCUCGAUCCCGAUCUCGCAGUUACUCUCUGUGGAGGCAUUGUGGAAAGGCUCCAUCAUGGGUGUGGUGGCCUGCAUUCUCACGAAAGUCUUGUGUGCACCCUUCAUGGGAGAGGCUAGGUGGGUGAUCGGCUGGGCGAUGGUUGGGCGAGCUGAGUUUGCAUACUUGAUCGCUCAGAUGGCUGCAGCUUCAAACAUGUUGGAUGAGGAGAUGUUCUCUGUUGUCAUUUGGGCUUUACUUUGGGCAACCAUCUUUGCACCCUUCAUCUUCCGCAUUGUGCUGAACAGGUACGUCAAGAAGCAUGGCCUAGAUGACCUGCCCCCAAAUCAGUCCUUCUUUCAGAGUGAGUCGCCAAGGAAACUGCGUGCACAAGCUGAACAGCAAGAGUCAGCACAGCAGCCCAUUCCAGAAUCAGAGCUUGAGGCUGAGAAGUCACUUGAUCAGCUGGAGGCUCAGCUGGAGGCUGGCCUGGAGAAGCUCCAACAUCCUAUGACUACUUCUCAGCACAAAUCUGUUGUUCGCAAGAGGCAGCCCGUCGAUGCACCAGACACAGGCUACUCUGACACUGGUGCGAUCUUCGUGAAGCUCACAGGAGCUCAGUCUUCAUCGUUGCCGUUCUCAGCCGUUCCAAGUGAGGCCAAGCGGGAUCCGCCGUCUCUGACGGAGUCACUUGGACACCAGCGAAGUGAAGACAUUGCUGAGAUUGCUGACGGCUUCACUGGAAAGCUAGCAUGCGAGUACCUUGCAACCUACGAAGACAAGGUGUCUUGGGCCAUGGCUGGCCGGGAUCUAGGUAAAUUCGAGGCCAAGGGGAAGCCUUUCGUGACCGUGGUAGCUGUGGGAUCGUCGAACGGGGCAGCGAAUAUGCUGUGUCAGGUACUUGUGAUUGUCACGUUUGCCUGGGCAGAGCAGGAACUCCCGCGGGAGCCUUGCAGAGGCAGCUCUUGCACAGCUGGUGCAGGCUUCGUGCAGUACAGGCGGCUUCUCAGUCAAAAAGCCUCCGUCCAAGACGACUUCUGUCAAGGGAAGACUGGACUCUAUCCCGCGCCAGCAGCGGCAGAAGGCAACGUGGACUGCCAGGGCUACUACAAUUGCUUUCAUGGCAAUGAAGCCAUGCAGCUUUGUGGCAGUGGUUUGCGUUUCAAUCCAGCCACCAAGAACUGCGAUUGGAAGAACAACGUUGCUUGUGAGGCUGUUACAACGACACUUCCAACUUCGACAACUGUGCCAGCUACAACCACACCUCCUGUUGCAACUACCAGUCGAAGCUCCAGCGAGCCCUCCGAGUUUUGCAGUGGCAAAGUGGGCCUUUUUGCAGCUCCAGUUGAUAUGCCCGGCAAUGAUGACUGCCGGGGAUAUUUCAAUUGUUUCCAUGGAAAUGAACCCAUGCAGCUUUGCGUGCAAGGCCAGCGUUUCAACCCCAGCCUGAGGAACUGCGACUGGAGCUCUAACGUGCCUUGCGGUGGAGUGACGCAGACAUCCACAUCCACCACGGCUGGUACUAGUGUUACUCUUACUAGCAGCCUUCCGAGCACUGCAUCCACAACUCUGGGGUCGAGCUCCACAGCUCCCACAACAACAACUCAGAGUGGCACGCCGAGUGGAAAGAUUUUUGUUGCUUACUUUGCGAACUGGUUCCAGUGGUGGCCGGCUCCCUACAAGUUCCUGCCGUCCGAUAUUGCCGCAGACAAGAUCACGCACUUGAACUAUGCCUUUGCGAUGAUCCACAGCAGCACGUUCAAGAUCAGACACUUUGAGGACAAUGACGUGAGCAACUGGGGCACUGGCAACUGGGAGGUGCCUUGCAGCCAGCAGCCCGCGGGCUGUACCAAAGGUCUCUAUGAGCAGGUGAACGACCUCAAGGUAGCUCACCCGCACUUGAAGACCCUGAUCUCCAUUGGCGGCUGGUCCUUCAACUUGCCUGCCAGCGAGGAUGCGGAGAGUGCCCGUCGCAUGUCCCGACUUGAUGCGGGCUGGACCGAGUUUGUCUUCUCAGACAUGGUGAGCACAGCUGCAAAUCGUCAGAAAUUUGUGGAUUCCGCCAUUGACUUCUGCAGGACUUGGGGCUUUGACGGCCUGGAUUUGGAUUGGGAGUACCCGGGCUUCAUUGGUCGUGGGGGCCGCACCACGGACAAAGCCAACUUUGCAACGCUUUUGCAUGAGCUUCGUGCUGCCUUCAAUGCUGAAGGCGCAGCAUCGGGCAGGGUGCCGCUGCUUCUGACAGCUGCGGUGGGAGUUGGGCCAACCACCGCAGACAACGCGUACGAGGUCCCGGCCCUCAACGAGAACUUGGACUUCAUCAAUUUGAUGACGUACGACAUGUACGGGGGUUGGGCUCCAGAGAAGACAGCAAUCCACAGCCAACUCUAUGCUGGCUUGGGGGACUCUUUCGGGGAUGGGAUCCCGCUGAGCGGCGAGUGGGCUGUGAACGACUGGAUCGGCCGCGGUGCCAGUGUGAGCAAACUGGCCCUUGGCCUGGUGACAUACAGCCGCAGCUUCCAGCUGCAGAGCAGCACGCCUGGUCAGGGGGUUGGGGCAGCAGGACAGGGAUAUGGCGCCACACAGCCCAUCAGCAAACAGAAUGGGCUUGCCAGCUACUAUGAGAUCCUGACUCUCAUUCGUGAGGGCGCCGUGAAGUCCUACGAUUCUGCACGCUGUGGGGCCUAUCUUCAGAAGGAUGACCUCUGGAUGGGCUUUGAUGAUGAGGUGAGCGUGCGAUGCAAGGCGGCCUUCAUCAAGGAGAAGGGCCUCAUCGGGGGUCUUCUCUGGGAUCUUCCUGAAGAUGAUUUCCCCAACGGCUCGCCCAUCGUCACGGCCUUCAGCGAGGCACUCGGUGUGCCUUGA